GCGUUUCAACGCUUCCUGGCGAUAAGGUCUACACCACAUGUAGAAGAAAAGUUGACAUCCCAGGUGAAGUUUAUUGUUUUCGUCUUUUGCACACAAGCACAACAAACCGAAGUGCCAGUAGAUUCGCUAGAAACAGUUUUCCUUUUCCGUUCAACAUCUCCAGAACUUUGAAUGCCGUGUUUCCCUUCCUAGUCCUUGUAGAAUUCCAGCAACCACAAACUCAAUGCGAUCCUUUCAAACUCUUUCUUUGAGACGUCCCUCGGUAAGAUCGCUAUGUGGUUACAGGGAGUCGGGGAGAGUUUAGAAUUCCGUCUUUUACUUUGACUACAUUCGAUUCGGGUCUGGUACGCAUAGUAGUAAGCCAUGGCAGUGGACUGCGGCGGACCUGCCCGUGUACGUGCCGUCGUGUGCCUGUUGAUACUGGCCAACGCAGGUCUGGUGUUGGCCGAUCACCAUGGGCUGGUGAACGUGGUGAACUGCUCCGCGCCAGAGGUGGAGCACGUCUGCCAGUGCUCGCAGAACGACGAGGGAACCUACCUGACCGUCCAGUGCAGCGAUCGCGCCUCCUUGCUGGCCAUACCGCAACCGCUACCAGUGGACGCGAGCGAAUUAGAGAUCUCCAUGACAUCGCUGGCAGCCAUUGGACCGGGCGACUUUACCAGCGCAGCACAAUCCCUGCAAGUCUUACACUUCUCCAGCAAUCUGCACUUGAGCAGCGUUUCGCAGGCAGCGUUCAGCGGAAUGUCCUCUCUCCACAGCUUGAUGAUAGCAGUGGCAAACCUGACAACGCUACAUGAGAAUACGUUUGAUCCGCUGACCAACCUGACUGAACUAGUUCUGCACACAAACUACCUGCGUACGUUGCCGCAAUGCUUGUUCCAGCGGCUAGCCAAGCUACUCACACUCGACCUAUCAAACAACUUGAUACACGUACUGGGACCAGGAGUAUUCGCUAAUCUGCAUCGUCUCACCUCACUGCAAUUGGGCAACAACCAACUGACACGUCUAUCUCCGGAGUCAUUCUUCCUCCUUCCCAACACCACCAUUGCUAAACUAUCUCUUGACUUGAUCGGCAAUCCGUUCAGCUGCGAUUGCUACUCUCUGUGGCUGCACUGGCUGCUGACGGACGCCGCGAACCGAGAGCCGCACUUUCUCACGCCGUUCUGUUCAGCACCGAGUGACCUGGUUGGUCAGCCAUUCGACGCCGUGGCGCGUACAGAACUGUGUGAUGACCGCACGCCCAGGGUACUCCUGCAGAAGAACACGGUUACGCGUGGACAGACGACGUCGAUGACCUGCACCAGCUUUGUGUCGUCACGCCGACCAAUCUACUACUGGUACAAGAACGGCGCGUAUGUUAGCUCUCCGUCGAGAAAGGACAAACGCUAUCACGUCUUCUAUGGUGUUCUGACGAUCGAGAACGUGACGGACGACGAUGCGGGAAUCUGGAGAUGCCACAUCACUGAUACACAGCUCGGGAGAUUCAAGGAGUCCACAACAGCCACACUGAAUGUGGACGAUGAGCCGUUCUGUGGACAUCCGGUUCCGGGCACACAGUCAGAUGCAGCCGCAAUAGGCCAGUGGGUCGGUGUUGCCUUUGCCGCCGUGGCCUUGAUUAUUGUCUGCGUCGUCAUGGCCUACUGCGUACACCAAAGGGGCAAGGAGCUGGGAGAGGUGCGCGGCGAGGUUCGCCAACGCUCCUCCAGCCGGCAGAACCUGCCACGCAAUAUGCAUCUAGCCGAUGACAGCUUUGGUCUUGCCGAGAACCCUGAGUACCUGAAUUACCUGAAGCAUACGUCCAGAAACACCAGCCAGUCUUCAGGUGUCGGUGCAGUCUCCUAUCAACCAAUCAACCGCCCCGACAUGGGCAGCCUUCCGCCGGCGUCGCACGUCAAGACCUUCUCACCCUCCGGUGCCUCCAACGCCAGCCUGGGGCAAGCUGCAAAUUUCGGUGCGAACCGCGGCGAGUUCGGAGCUCCGCGGGUGGUCGAGAAUCCUCUAGUUGCUCUCGGCUACACCCAGUCGGAUUUCGACGCGAAAGAGGAGCGCGAAAGCCUGGCUACAACGACGCUGAACCGAUCUGCAGCAGCCACCGACCCGGGCAGUGAAUGGAGCGGCAUCGCUGACCCUGGCUCUAUCAGCUACCUGCCGAACAAUGGUGACGCCAUGAUGGAAGAAGAACCGGGUCAGAGGGCCAGGGACAACAACCAAGUCUCGCUGGACGUCUUCAAUGAGAUCUCGGGCUCGAACGAACCCUGAGACUGGCCACCAUCGCGGAAAGCCGCGUACCCAGGACAGUACGACUGCCUUGCUUCUCACUCGCUGACACUCCGGUCACGGUCUAAGUAGAGCCGCGCCCAAGAACGUUGUCCAAGGGGUUUGUCAGGGGCGUUCUUAUUUUUCCCCCGCAACCUGGCUGCGUUCUCAUAGCACGCUCUUAGAAACAAUUCGUACUGAAUCCCCAAAGCUACCAGAAAACCAACACUGCCGUUCUUGACUUGAGGCUGUGGCGUCCUUAGCAUUUCAGGCUGAACGUUCUUGGGCUCCACGCUCUUGGGCGCGUGACUACUGUACUUUGCUGGGCCGUUUGCAAGACCAGCAACAUUCAUAAUAUUCUUUGCUAACCUUCUAUUACUACCCUAUAAUUAUGUUUGUGCUCAGGCUCGUGCCCCGUAUGGGUACCUGGGUGCCCGGAACCCCCCCCCCCUUUUGUGGCACAAAAUGCAGGAUUUUGCUUCAUUUUUUGAAAAUUUUCCCGGGGGAGGCCCCCAGAACCCCCCUUGAAGGACACCGGCGCGCGCGCCUGGUGCUAUCAGCCUGUCUAGGUUUCCCACAACUCAUGCAACGCACCACUAACUAGAUUUCCCACCAACCCGACACCUCACUAGCCUGUAGGAAACAAGCUUUGCAAUAAUUAUAAUAUACUGUAAUUUCACAAAAUUUCGGUGUACUUUUAUUUUCGGUACUUUCGGUGCGUUUGUUUCAUACCUAAAAUUUCAAUACACCGAACAAACACCAACACACGUAAUCCAAUAGGGAACUGCUUCUCUGUACCGAAAAUUUCUGUUCACCUAACCUAGCCUGUUGCACUCACACCGAAAAUAUUGAGCACCGAAAAUUUCUGAAAUUAGAGUACUUACCACUAGGUUAAAAAAAAUAUAAUUAUAACUUUUCUUCACUUGAACGCAAUUACACUGAACUGGCAGGAAGGUUUGCAUAGUGUUCUUCAGCCCCUACCACACGCCCAUCCCACCUUUGUCGCUUCCACCAGCCCCAAGUCUCUGCAAAUUCCUACAAUGCUGCAUGUGUACGCGUGCCCAUGCCACCUUACAUAGCUCUGAGCCUCUCACGUUUUUUUCCCUUGACAGUUUCAUUUUGCUAUGCUGCAUGCAUGCAGCGGACAUAACACGACCUGAUGUAGCUGACUAACUGAUGAAACUAUUAUUAUUUAAAAUUACUUUUUCUAUCAUGUAACUCGAUCUGCUCAUACCUUCCAAGCUUAGCACUUGUUUCUGCUUGAUUGCACACGCAUGUCGCAAGCUCGGUCCUGGCUCCACACUGAGUAACUUACACGUUUCUCCGACCACAGGAAAAGGUA